AUGCAACUUUCACGCAUCAUUGCUCACGUCGCACUCGCUGCAGCAAUUGCCGCUUCAGCUGUGUCGACCACUGAUGCCGCCUCGGGCUGGAUGACUCCGAGCAGAAACACCAACGAUGUCGCUACACACAGCGUCGCAGAGACCACGCAGCGCAAACUGGGUGAAGGCGGUGGUUUCGGUGCUCCCAACCAGAUUGAAGGGAACGCCGAGCAGAAUAUAUACGACCAAAACAACCAGGGCGCUUACAAGUCGGACGAGCAGGAGGUCCCUGCAACCCAGUCCGUUAACGCACAGAAUGGCCAGGGCGGCAACACUGGGGAGGAGAAGCAGGAGACGGAGAAGAAAGAGCAGCAGGAGAAAGAGAAAAAGGAGCAGCAGGAGAAGGAGAAGAAGGAGCAGCAGGAGAAGGAGAAGAAGGAGCAGCAGGAGAAGGAGAAGAAGGAGCAGCAGGAGAAGGAGAAGAAGGAGCAGCAGGAGAAGGAGAAGAAGGAGCAGCAGGAGAAGGAGAAGAAGGAGCAGCAGGAGAAGGAGAAGAAGGAGCAGCAGGAGAAGGAGAAGAAGGAUAACGGUCAGGAGGUCGACAAGGAGCAGGCGGAGAAGACGAAUAUCUAUGAUCAGAAUGGUCAGGUUGGUCAGGAGGAUACGAAGAAGGAGAACGGUCAGGACGACAAAAAAGAACAGCAGGAGAAGGAGAAUAAGGAGCAGCAGGAGAAGGAGAAGAAGGAGCAGCAGGAGAAGGAGAAGAAGGAGCAGCAGGAGAAAGAAAAGAAGGAACAGCAAGAGAAGGAGAAGAAGGAGCAGCAGGAGAAGGAGAAGAAGGAGCAGCAGGAGAAGGCGACGAAGGAGCAGCAAGAGAAAGAGUCAAAGAAGCAGCAAGAGAAAGAGUCAAAGAAGCAGCAAGAGAAGGAGACGAAGGAGCAGCAAGAGAAGGAGACGAAGGAGCAGCAAGAGAAGGAGACAAAGGAGCAGCAGGAGAAGGAGACGAAGGAGCAGCAGGAGAAGGAGACGAAGGAGCAGCAGGAGAAGGAGACGAAGGAGCAGCAGGAGAAGGAGACGAAGGAGCAGCAGGAGAAGGAGACGAAGGAGCAGCAGGAGAAGGAGACGAAGGAGCAGCAGGAGAAGGAGAAGAAGGAGAACAGUCAGGAAGACGUAAAGGAGCAGUCGGAGAAGAAAAAUGUCUAUGAUCAGAAUGAUCAAGGUGUUCCGGAGAUCCCGAACAUGGAGAAGCCAUCUACGAAUUCGACGACGAAGGGCAAUCCUUCACUGCGUAAGGUGGACUGCCCUGUCUAA